GUUUGACAGCUUGUUGACAUCAAAGGGUGGCCGGAGCAUCAGGUAUAAAGUGCCGGCCGGCUGGAGUGGAGAGCCGCAUUCGGUGGGCGCUGCUUGGAGCCCGGCAGGCAGUCACCCCCGGAGGCCCUCCAGAUGUAGGAGAGGAAAGGAGAGCGACAGUGCCAGGAAGGAAAAGGAGAGCGAGCAAGUGAAAGGAAGAGAAGAGAAGAGAAGAGAAAGAAAGAAAGAAAGAAAGAAAGAAAGAAAGAAAGAAAGAAAGAAAGAAAGAAAGAAAGAAAGAAGAGUGAGAGACAGAGAGAACGAAAGACAGGCGAGAGCGAGCGCUGAUUUCGGCGUGAGAAAGCCAAGACGCGCAAGUCAGAAAGACGCCCCGGAGCAUCCCCGCGAGCCAUGCCUCCCGGGACGACAUCUGCCUUGCAGCUGCCCUGUUGGACGCUCGUCCUGCUGAGCCUGGCUAGCUCAGAGCCUCCUGCGCCCCUCCAGCAGCAAGAAGCGGGGCCCUUCCAGCCCGCGGCCUCCGACGAGGGUCGCUCUGCAGCCCCUGCCGGCCUAAAGCGCCCUCAUCCUGCGCUCAGGUACCCGGCGUACAUGAUGCAGCUUUACAGGGCCCUCCUGGCGGGGAGGCACCUGGGCCAGCCCAUCCUGGAAGGCUGGGCUCUACAAGAAGCCGACUCCGUCCUCAGCCUGGCUGCCAGAAGUUAUUGCCAGCUUGAGGACCACUGGGCCUUCUCUUUCGACAUGACCUCCAUUUCCAGCAGUCAUGAAGUGAGGCUGGCCGAGCUCAGGGUCCACCUGCUGUCCUUCUCCCUGUCCAGGAACAUCACCGUGAGCAUCUACCACAGCCAUAACCGCACCUGCCAUGGGAACCAGACCUGCAUGGAUCAAUUCUUCCUGGGCUCCAUAGUCAGCAGCCCCUCCUUCAACCACUCCUCCUGGAAAGUAUUUAAUGUCACCAGCAUCCUCCGCUUCUGGCUCCACCAAGGGGUGCCCUCUGGCAAUGACAUCCCAGACGUUCAGCAGAACCUGCCCAAGACCUAUGGUGCUGGAGACGCCAUUGAACUCCAAGGCAGAUUUGGGCAUGACUCUAGACAGGCACUACCCUUGAUGACCAACCGCGGGACAGACCGAGCCCUACUGGUUGUCUUCUCCAAAGACAAGCCCCCCGUGGAGGUCUCUCGAAGCCCGAGUCUCAUCAGGAUGGUGGAGAUGUCGAAGCGCAUCAUGUUUGACAAGACCUCCAGAGAAGGCGGGGGCCGUCGGCACAGGCGGAACCGGAAGCAGAUGCAGAGGAUUAAAGGGUCUGGCCGCCGAAGCAGCACUUUGGGGGAGGAGGGAAGACCUCUGUGCAGGAAGGUCGACAUGAUGGUGGACUUUGAGCAGACUGGCUGGGGGGACUGGAUUGUGUACCCCAAGAAGUUCAACGCCUACCGGUGCGAGGGGGACUGCCCAUCGCCUGUGGAUGAGACUUUCAGGCCAACCAAUCAUGCAUAUAUUCAGAGUUUGCUGAAGUUAUACCAACCCAACCGAGUGCCUUGUCUAGCCUGCGCCCCGGUCAAGCUGAGCCCACUGUCCAUGCUAUACUACGACAAAGGGGAUAUGGCAGUUCAUCACCAUGAGGAUAUGAUUGUUGAAGAAUGUGGCUGCAUUUGAGGCCCAUGGGUCUUUUGACGAACUGACUGAUGCGAUGGCACUUCUGGCAAGCAAUUCCCCAAGACCUGGACUAGCCUCCAAUCUCGUUUGCAACAGCCCAGAGCAUCAUCAUGUGAAGGAGAGUCCUCACCAUAUGGAGAUCAAAUGUUUUCCAUGGGUCUCUUCUACAUAGUCCUUAUCAGAAUGGAAGGUGGAGUAGGCAGAAGAGGUGAUAGAAGGGGCGUUUUUCUUACUGGAUUGACAGCCAGCUUCCAAGAGGAUCCUCAUGGACCAUCUACCAUCUGCAGCAAAAAUGACCUUGCUCUAUAGCUUUUCAUAAAUUUCUUCCAGGGAGGGUUCUAGAUCUGUUUUCAGGGAUGGUCCAGGGUACUGCAGAGCCUGAGGUGGGGCAAAAAAAUGUUGUGUUUCCCCUGGCGGGGUGGGGGCUAUCCAUUCAAAACCAACCCUUACAAGCUUUGAAAAUGCCCAGGGCCAGGGAGGAGAGAAGGUUACCCUCAGCCUUCACUUAUCUCCUUGUGCUUCUUCUUGUGAGGAGAGGCACUCCUCCUUUCAAAACUUGCAAGGGUCAGAUCACUUCCAAAGA